UCUUCCCCCCAUGCCCGUUGCUCCGGCUGCUGCCACAAAGUUGGAGCUUGGAGGGUACCGGCGCACUUCACAUCACACACACUCUCUCUCCCCCUCUUCUUCUCGCGGACCGGCAUCACAAGGGCACCGAUCCGUCGUCCGUGGUGAUUCAAUCCGUAGGUGCUUUGGGCGCUUCUUCCUGCGACACACGCCGGGUGUUCACCUCACCUUGAAGAAACCGAGGUUGUGGUUUUCUGGUCUUCGAUUCGGAGCUCGUCUGCAUGGGGUGUGUGUCCUCCAAGCAGUUCAAACGGGCUAAAGAAUAUGAGGAUCCCAACAUCUUGGCUAAGGAGACUACUUUUUCUGUGAAUGAAGUGGAGGCCCUCUACCAGCUGUACAAGAAGAUAAGCCAUUCCAUAUUCCAAGACGGCCUAAUUCACAAGGAGGAGUUCCAGCUUGCUCUCUUCAGGAACAGUAACAAGAAGAACCUUUUCGCCGAUCGGAUAUUUGAUCUGUUUGAUCUCAAGCGCAAUGGGGUGAUUGAAUUCGGGGAGUUUGUUCGGUCCCUCAACAUUUUCCACCCAGAUACACCGAUGGCAGAAAAGAUUGCUUUUGCAUUUCGGCUAUAUGAUCUGAGGGGUACCGGAUUCAUUGAACGUGAAGAGUUGAAGGAAAUGGUGCUUGCCAUUCUGAAUGAAUCAGAACUGAUUCUUUCUGACGAUGCUGUCGAACAAAUUGUGGAUCAGACUUUCAAGCAAGCAGACAUGAACGAGGACGGGAAGAUAGACUCUGAAGAGUGGAAGGCAUUUGCAAGUAAAAACCCGGCUUUGCUGAAGAACAUGACGCUUCCAUACCUAAAGGACAUAACCAUGGCGUUUCCCAGCUUUGUUCUGAACUCUGGAGCUAGUGAUGAAGAGUUGUAGCACCCUGGCAAGCGCUGCCAUGCUCUUCCAUAUAUUUCUCAGUGUGGGCAUUGCCAAGCUGUGAGGAAGGACACUGCUAGUUCAUGUGACUCAAGUUUCAGACAUACAGCUGCAACAACCCCUGAAGGUGCAGGCACAGAUCUGUGAUUUGAAGGGUGUGAUUAGGAGUACCCAUGUAUGGAAACAAAGAGCCCCGCAUCGAAGGACAUCACGUAAAUUAAUGCUGGAACAAACCAUAAGGUUGUUGUAACUUGUGAGCAGGUGGUUCACUUGUGGGCAUGGUUGCAAGGGACAGAAUGAUGUCAGGCCUUCCCCUCUUUUGCUUUUGGUCGCUGGGGCUGUAAACUGGUAUGUGAAUUGGUUGAUUAUUAACUGAUGCUGUAGCACCAGCUUAUACCCACCUGUUAGGACUGGACUUCCAUGGUAAACUUGUGUUGACUGUAAAUGGUUGUAUAUUUUGGAAGCGCAUUUUUUGCAGAAUAGUAGGAACUACUGUGGACAGCAGUUUUGACAUAAUAUACUCAGAGACAAGAUUUCAGCUUCAACUUUACCAUCUGUUGCAAGUCCAAAGGAUAGCACAUCUUGGUGUGCUGGCCUGACCACACAUUAUCUGCCAGGAUGCGGUUGACAGCAUCUGUUGGGUGGAAUUCAUCCCACCAGACAUGGCUUGAUGCGUCGCCACACGCCAUCUGUGGAAGAACACACAUGAUCAAGCCUCCAUACUUGCCCAGCCCACAGCAAGCAUCAGUGGUGGUGACAAAACCUGCACAUUGCAGUACCUCAACCAGUUGUGAAUGCUUCCCUAAGGACAGCAAGUAAUAAUACAAACUUAAUAAUUAUUCAUGUGCUCACCAUAACGCUCACGGUUAUUUAAUAUGUCCACAGAACCCUCGAAAGUAUCGCAAUAGCUGAUCAUAGAAUCUGGGUGCUGGUUGAUGAACUCAUUGGACAUGUGUCUCAGGGCAUAAUUGAACUCGAUCACGACAUUGUUGAUAUAAUCAAUGCAUUCCCCACUUUGACUGCCA